AUGUGGUCUAAACCACUACAAGAACACCUUGGUCGAAUGACUCCUUCACUCCCGCCCAAUGUCUCCGAGGCCGUGAGUAACUUGACUAUAACGCAAGGCUUUGCCGCAUUCGUUGUUUUGUUCAUUGUAGUGCCUAGAGUAUUCGAGCUUCUGAAAAAUAUUUUCUCACCCGUCAGCCACAUCCCUGGUCCUCUCAUCAACAAGCUAAGCCCAUGGCCUUUGGAGAUUGCCACAUUCAAGGGAAAGAGCCAUCGAUUUGCCCGUGCUCUUCACCAGAAGUAUGGCCCUAUUGUUGUGCUUGCGCCCAACAUGAUUUCAGUUGGUGACGCCAACGAGAUCAAACGAAUCAUCCAGAAUGAGGACUGGGUAAAGUCUGAAACCAUCUAUGGCAACUUCAGACAAGACCCAAAACGUCCGACACUCCUCGCUUUCACUGAAAAGAAGGCUUACUCAAGACGUAAGCGUAUGCUGUCUUCAAUGUUUGGUAUCCGCUAUAUUCGUAGCCUUGAACCGCUCAUGAAGUCAUGCGUCGAUGCUGGUGUUGCCCAUCUUGACAAGCUUUGUGAGAACUCUUCCAACAGCACUGUCAUCAACCUUCAGCACUUCAUCCACGGGUUGGCCAUUGACACUAUCGGUGCCACUACUUUUGGUGGUAGCUUUCACGUCGUUGAAAAUGGAAGUCACCCUCUUCCUUCUCGACUCAAGGCGGGUAUGAAGAUCUCAGCUGUGAUGCAGCUCAUCUCGUGGAUCAAGUACAUCCCUUUCCUUCCGAAACGAGAUCCUUAUAUCGAAGAAUUCACAUUCAACAUUGUUGAUAAGCGUCGCAAGGAGUCUGGGGAUGUCAAACACCAAGACCUACUACAGCAUCUUGUUGAUGUCAGUGACGAUUCUCCUGGUUCCGAGUUCCGCACCUCGGACGUCCAGGAUGAGAGCGUCAUUCUUUUGGCAGCUGGUAGCGAGACAACCGCUAAUGCCGAACUCUUCACCAUUAUGCAGCUUCUUAAGCAUCCCAAUGUUAUGAAGAAGCUGGUUGAAGAAGUUGACAAAUGGUACCCUCCCAGCGAGCCCGACCGUCAAACGGAAUGCGCCUAUUCCCAAGCAGGAAUGACAUAUCUUCAAGCCUGCAUCGAUGAAACCAUGCGUCUCGUCCCGGGCCAGGCCACGGGAAGUCCCCGCGAGGCAUCUAAGCAGGAAACCGUGCUUGGAUACCGCAUCCCGACGGGCACUACCGUUUUCCCCAAUACUCAAGAGGCACACCUCAACUCCGAUAACUGGAAGAAUCCCCACAAGUACAUUCCUGAGCGCUGGCUUGACAUCUACGCGCAGAAUCAGACCUCGGCUGUACCGUAUUGGCCAUUCUCAGCGGGCAGCCGGAUAUGUGUCGGCAAGAAUUUUGCAUUCCAGGAGAUGCACAUUUCUCUCACAACACUUCUGCGCAAGUUUACUUUUGAGUAUGUCCCGGGGCAGGACGAAACGACUGUGUUCCGUAUUGCGCAACAGUUACAGUCGAACUCGUAUGAGGUGAAGGUCAAGAAGAGGUUUGUCUAG